GUGGAUGUUUUACGUCAGUUUAUUCUCGUCUGUGAAGAUUUGCUUUGGUUCACAGGGUUACAUAUGCAAAAACAAGGAAAACCCCCUUGAGAGGACAGGUGGGGGGGAAGAGAGAGUGUAUAUCAGGGAGGUCCUUUUUAGUGAGGUCUGCGCUUGAGUGGUUUCCAUGCCAACAGUGAAUGGAUCGGUGUUUGGAGCAUGCUCAGUGCAGAGCUGGCGGCUGUAACAAAAGCUGAGAGAGCUAAAGCAGCUCACAUGCUGCUAUCACAUCAGAGUGGAAUAGACCGCUGCGUGCACACUGCUGAUUCUGCUGACAUGCUCUGCCUUCUCGUCCCCAGCCUGAUGUUUCUGCAUGAGAAAGAGCUGCCUGUGCUUGAGGUCUCAGCAGUCUGGCGUUGUGGAUGGUUUGUCUACCUCUAAUCCAAGCCAAAAGAGAUUCUGUUGGCUCAGAGCCUGUGAAUGAGAGCCUAAAGCAAGACGAGUAAAGGUGCAGACAGAGUUGAUUAAAAUGGGGGCUGUGAUCCCGAUGCUCCUUUCUGGAAUAUGGCAGCUAUUUCUGUGGCCAUGCCGGAUGUGAAAGCCCCACAAUGUGAGUACUCCCCAGCAGGCUCUCCUGCAAGCUGCAGCAUGGACUUGUCCAUGGACCUGUCCGUCCUCAGCUCCCCGCUGUCUGAUUUCUCUCACCACGGCAUGCCCCCCUUCCCUGCCCAGGGUGUAGCACCGGGCCACUGCAACAACAACAAUGGCCUGCUCACCAACUUGGGAGUCUACUGCUCCACCAGCAGUAUGCAUCCUCUUAAACAGCCUGACAGCCAGUCUGGCUACGGUACGAUGCACUUUCCACAGGGCUGUGUGAACACUGGUGGCACCCGGCUUUACCGCAGCCUGGAAAACCUGCACUGGGCCGCCAUGUCCGAUCCCAAAGCAUAUCCUUACAGGAGCUUGGACAGUGAGUUUAUCCUUCACUGCACUGCAAGCAGCAACUGGUACGAUGGACCUCCUCAGGGACCGCAAGUUUACGGCUUAAUGCCUUCCCAUGACAGAUUGGCAAUCUACGGCCGCCGAGGAGUAGUGAGGAAGGAUAUACCACUCUUUCCACAAUGGCUUUUACCAGCGGUUGAGGACUGGGGUAUGAACGGAAAUGCACGAAAGGGUCUUCGAGACAAGCUACGGCUUCAGAGCACACGUGUGACGGAGCCCCACAAGCCCUUGCGUCCUCAACCUGUGCUUGUUAAUGCAUCUUCUCCGCUCUAUCUGUGCGAUCAGGAGGUAGUAGUUCGGACUGGGCUGACAUCAUUGCAAAUGAAUGGACAGCAAGAGUUGAGCGCCCGUCGCAUCACCAGUCCAGAGGAGAUCAAACAGGAAGCAAUGCGACGACUGCGACUCCGAAGGCAACGAAGCACCCCUAACCUGGCACUGAACUCCAGACAGGAGUCUAGUACCAUAAGUAAAGCUCAUACAACAGAGCCCAUCUGCACUAACUCUGCCCAGUCAACCCUUGAGAGGAAAAGACCCCCGAUGAGCCGCCUGCACAUACCUACAUUUGAGGAGUUUAAGAGAAUGAGACAAAGGGAGGGCAUUAAGAACCACAUGUCCUCUGAAAUGGAGAAUAACGACAAGCAUAGAGAGGAAAAAAUACAGACAGAGGAAACGCAGAGUGUGGAAAGGAUUGACAUUGAUGUCAAAACUGCUCAGGAUUCGAACCACAGCAGAGCGGAGAUGUCUGAGCCCAGUUCCACCGCAGAGGUCCCAGGAGGACCCAUCUGCACAAGCCCAUUGGCUCGCUCUCCAUUACACCCUCAAGCUGCUACAGGAAGAGACGAGGAGACAAAGGGCCCAACAGACCCUGGGGCCACAGAUGUAGCUGUUCUCCCCUUCCCACCCCACUGGGAGAGUGGCGAUGGCCCAUCCAGCUGCUGCCCUGCAAUCCUUCUGGAUGGAACAGACCUUUCCAGCUAUGGAGCCAAAAUCUAUAAAAUGAAGGAUGGUUUCCUGGGAUCUGCCCUGGACCUUAUUAAAAAAAGCUGCAGUGCAGAGAUUGCAGCCGAGACUCCCGUCCGAUUGUGGCGUGAGCGCAGUGACGUCACUAACAUCACCGCUCCCCAGCCCAGCCAUCAAUCUGCCCACGUUGCCAUGACAACGUCGGCCUGCGGAGAGGAGGCAUGCACCAAGCCCGCGGGACAGCGGGGGAAAGUGGCGACAGAAUGCGUUUCUGGGGCGGGCUGCAGACGCUCCAGCUCAGACGCGGCCUAUGAGCUGGCUGAGUCAGUGAGGGCCCAGCGUGAGUGCCGUCUGCGGCCCCACUACAGCGACCCCAUGCCUGCAGAUGCCACCAAGCGUAAGCAGCUGGAGAUGAAGAUCGCCGCCGCUGCACGUUUGCACAUUCACCGCAGAGACAGGGACAGUGUGCCAGGCACAGCCAGGGGCCGCUCGGAGCCCAGAGGUGAGGAGAGGAGCAGGGGCCUGGGUGUGAGCCGCUCAGCACAGCACCGCUGGAGUACCGUCAGCAGCCUGAGCGCAGACAGCGGUGUCAUAGGCUUUAGUGAUGAGCGUGAAAACGAGGAAGAGUCCCGUCGUGCCCGCCACAGUGCCGGAGCUGAGGUAGAACGUGUGGACAGCGGCAUCGGCCCUGGAUUGGCUCGGGGCUGGAGGAGACCCUUGCCGUCCCUCAGGAACUGGGACAUUCAGCAGCCCUGUCCCGACUGUGGAGACAAAGAGGGCGGCCGUGAGCAAGGCAUGUGUGAACGCUGCUCCAAGCUACGCACAGAGCGCAAAGAGGCCAUCCUAGAGUUUCUCAACACUGAGUCGAGUUACGGAGAGGACCUGCGUAUCAUCAAGGAAGAGUUUUACUGCCCCAUGCAGAGUGCAGGGCUGCUCGCAGCAGAGCAGCUGGCCGUGGUCUUCAGCAACGUUCAAGAGCUCAUUGAUGUCAAUGACAGGUUCACAGAGCACCUGCAGGACAGCAUUGAUCAGGCUUUUGAUCAGGGGGAUGUGGGGAUGUGGACUGUGUGCAUCGGAGAAAUCUUCUUGGAGUUUGUCAACAUGCUUCCAGCGUUUCAGACCUACUGCCUGCACCAGUCCACAUCUGUGAACAUGCUCAACACACUGGAGAAAGAAAAAGAGCUUCUUAGGAUAUUCCUCGACGUGUCCCAGAAUGACAACACGGCACUCAGGCGCAUGAACCUGCGCUCCUUCCUCAUGGCCCCACUUCAGCGUGUGACCAAGUACCCAUUACUGCUAAGUCGCAUCAGCAAGGCCACCAACGAAUGUCACCCAGACUACUCCCGCUUAAAAGAAGCCAAGAGCCGCGUGGAGUCCCAUCUAGAGCACAUCAACAUGAAGACCAAACAGGAAGGGACUGCCACAUGGUCCUUGCGCUCUUUCCGGCGCGACAGCCGCAAGAACCGAGAAGUCAUCAACAUUGAGAUGAGAGAGCUGUCGAUGAAAACUGUGGGCUGGACGCGAGAGAGCACACACUUCAUCAUGGAGGGGCCGCUCCAGUUGGCACAGCCCGCCGAUGGCCAGUGGCUUAAGAAGGGAAGCAAAUCCCUCAAAUUCCAGAAUGUUCAGAGUUUACUUAUGGUACGCACUCUGCGCAACCCAGACACGGUGACUGAAGGGAGUCUGGAGACCUCGGAGAUGGUGCAGGACGGUGUACUGGUGCUCAUCAAGGACAAGAGCAGCGGGAAGUUCACUGUGUUACGGGAGCCAAUCCGUUUGGCAAAUUGCGUUGUGUCUGCCGACCCCGACUGUGAAGACACCUUUGAGGUGCUGGACAUUCGACGUGAGGCCUUCGUUUUCCGUGCCUCCGACAAACAUCGCACUCAGCAGUGGUUUCGCCAGAUCAAGAGAUACGCUUGUGAUUUGGGACCCUGGAGAAAGAGACGCAAUGCUCUCCCUAAUAUCAUGAUUAACACGACCCAGAGCCGGUCCUGAGACUGAGCCCUUAGCGACACAUCCCUCAUCCCUUCCCAGCAUAACUCUGAUGUAAAUAAUAAAUAAAAAAAAAUCAAUAUUUUGUUGAGCAAACAGUAUUUGUGCGGGAGAACCAUCCACCAAUGGACUUUUAAAUUGGUAGAUUUGACUGAAUAUUAAUAUAGACUGCACUUUGUAUGAGUGGAAAGCAAGUUAAUGACAUUUGGGAAGAGGAUAAAUCCACUGUCAAGCUAAAAGUAAUGCUCUUUGGCAUACCAAAAUGAGGGCCUUGUUAGGCGCCUCACUGCUGCACUUGUAAAACACUGAUUGUACAACCAGUUUGGCACUGAGGAGAAAUGUUCUCAGUUGUGAAAUGGUUUUUGUGAUAAGCAUGAGGGAACAUGUUUGUGAUUGGAUGGAUUUGUGUGAAGACUGAGGUAAAGCUGUUUUGUUUUCAGAUCAUUGUAAUUCCCUCUUCCGUUAGCAUCUAUUCCCACUGCCAUUCGGGAGCAGUUCUCAUUUUUGUAUCACUGUGCUGGUUUACAAAACAGCAAUAAUCUUCAUUGUAUUAUGUAGCAGCAGUCAAGCAGUUUUUGUACACAGGUACCCAUAUUAUUGUGAUCAGUGAUGUAACAAACCAUUUUUUGUUUUAUGUAUGUUUUCUCCAAAAUCUUAUGAGGGUGUAGCAUCAGUCUAAGCAUCAAGUAUUGUCAUUGCCACAUUAAUGGCUGUGCUGAAAACAUCUGUGGCCAUGAACCAGAUCUUCAAUUAGAAAAUGUCCAUUAGCUGUUUCCCCCUCCUCCCGAAAUGAUGUAGUUUAUAAUUACAAUUUUGCUUUCCUUUGUGAACUCUGAGGGGGAGAAAUAUGUGCCUUUGUUUAUUUGAUACUGAAUGAGUCCUUAGUACUAUUCUGUUCAAGUUUUCCCUCCACUUUUACCCACAAAUCAGGCCUUAUGUCAAAUUGAGAAAAAGAUCUAUAAUUUUUCUGUAGCUGCUAUUAUAUUCAGACUUCCCCACUGAUAUACAGACUGUGCUUUAUGAUAACUUGUUAAAUGUUAACUGUUUUUGUUUGAUGCACUUUAAUAUGGAGAUCCUAAACUGGAGCAAGGACGAUGUUCUGCAGUUUACAGAGCUUUACUGUACUUUAUUUUAAAGAUUGCUUUAGCUUUAAAAGAAAAUGAACCACAGUUGACUUCAGCAAUAGCAAUCAAUCACAAUCUUUCUGGUCUCUCUAUAUGUUUAAAGUGGAUAGGAAUUGUCACAAUCACUGGAUUUAGGCAUUUAGGUUUCGACAUGAAUAUUUACUGUUUUUUUUCCCAAUGGCAUUGAUACUGUUAGAAAUAUCAUACUGUAGCUUCCACAUUACACAACAAAAAGAUGAGUUGAACCUGCCAGGACUGAAAAAUUGUACUUUUAACUGAGACCAACCAAGCUGUUAAAUACUUUUUUCCAUUCUUAAUAAUCCUAAUUUAUUUUUUAUUUUAUUUUUUUGUGUAAAAUAUUGUGAAUUGCAAUUAAAAAUGACAAGUAUCCAUCUCUCUCAACUGA